AUGCGAUACUCCUGCUUCCUCGCAAAUCUUUUUCCACGACGAGCCACUCCGCUCAUGGUCCAGGCUGGCUUUCUCGCUGCUCGUUGUCGCUCACUUCUCCUCGCUUAUCCCCGACCCCUGCUCCUUCCCUCCCGUUCCUAUCGACCUGCGCAACACCUCCACUUCACCCUCACCCACCCGCCCCAAUCUGCCCGUGACAUCGUCCUACCCCAGGAUGUCAAACGGUUCCUGAACGGAGGCAAGAGCGACACCUGA